AUGACUGAAAAACAACUCGAUCUUCUAACAAAUUUUUUUCAACAAACACAUUUAGGUAAAAUGAGUUUAAUUACAUUAAUACAAAAUUUACCGAAUAAUAAACAACCUUAUAUACCUGAAAUAACUUAUGAUGAAAAUGGACGAUAUUUAAAAUUAAAACAAGAUGAUAGUAUAAGAAAAAUGUUUACAGAAAAAUCAAUUCAACGAAUUGAACAAGAUACGAAUUCUAUUGAUGAUAUCAUUCAACAACGAACUAGUUCAGUUUUACCAUCGUCAUCAAUCGAAGAACGAUACGAUUCUAUUGCUAAGGAAUUCAAUCUAUCUUUAUCUACUAUUGAAAAACAAUAUGAAUUAGCUUUAAAGAAUCGUAUUGAAAUACCACCGAUUUUAAUGCGUCGUAUUAUAAUUGAUGCUAUUGGAAUUCUUCAUAUAAUGAUGAAUGAACUCAAUGAUGAUACCGGAAAAAAUCAUGAAAAAUCCAAACGAAUAUCUAAACGUCUCAAGGAACUAGAAGCUUAUAAUAAAUUAUUCGAUCAUCAUUGUUAA